AUGUCUAAAUCGCUGGAAGCCGCCGCGUUGAUGAUUGCCAAGGAGGUGGUGGACAACGGUGAGUGGGCUCUAUGCUGGUUUGCCAAUGUACAAGCAACCGCUCACCUGCCGCAGGCGGAGGCUUGGCACGCCGACAUCCAUUUUAUCGCUCACCUUUUGUCACGAUUACCCAACGUUCAAGGGCCGAUGGAACUGCGAGACCUCUUCUCACUGGCUACCUCAUCCACCUCGCCUGAGCGUGUCUUACAACUUACGGAGUCGCCAAUGAUUACUCUAGCCAAAGGGGAUACUCUUGUUCACAUCCAGCCCACGGCCAUCGCAUUCUGGGAAAAGUUGGGUUCGGGGCCUAAGGGUGGUAAGAAGGAUGUUACCGCUUAUGCUCUGUUUCAAGAGGUCGACGAGUCGCAUCGCUCGUCCGUUGCAAAUUGGCUUCGGAACCUCUCAAGCGAGUAG